AUGGAAUCUUUUGUUGCUGAAAAAUUCUGGACAAUGACAAUUCAUUCUGGAAAACCAGAAAGGCCACCAGUUCCAAAAGGCAGUAGAUUCAUGCUUUCUCAAAUUCAAGCAGUUGACGAAAAAGCAGAUAAAAUUUUAGUGGAAAUGCUUACAGAAGUUAUUAGAAUGGAUAAAAUAGAUGAUGAAACAGACACUACAGUAACAGAUGUUGCUGAAACAAACAUUGCUGUUAUAUAUCCAAAGAAGAAAUCUACUUAUGCAACAUCUCUCGUUUUUAGCGAGGUCAAUGAUGUGCUUUUUGGAUGUGAUGGUGGUGAUGUCAUUUUGAGUGGUGUUUAUGAUGAUACAGCACUCAACGAAGAAAUGGCCCAAAUGGAAGAAGAAGAAGCACAUGAAAAAUGA